UGGAUGUGGUUUUGUAUUUCGGGUUUCACAGUGUUUCCUGUACACAAGAGCAUUGAAUUUCCUCUAUGUUUUCUUUCUGCAUGUGAUACUGCCAGCCUGUCAGGCGGACAUCAUAUCUCCUGCAUCGAACUGAUAUUCAUCUAACCCGGGUCCUUAAGCUGGACAUCGUCUGGACGAUCCUGAAACACUGCUCACUUCCUUCCAUCUCAUUAUUCCUCUUGCAUGCUGUUCAAGCAUGCUAUCUGUGAGGAUGCUAAGCUUCUUCAUACUCAUCUUUUCACUAUGUGAUGCUGACAGCAUAUGCCCACCAGAGCACAACCCUCUUACUCUGAGUCCACCUGAGAUCAUAGAAGAAUAUGGAGUAAAUCCUGUCACUGUAAACUGCACCACAGCACUGGCUGAACAUAAAGGGCUGUACUUUACAGUUGGAAAUGAAACCUCUCGCAUCAUAGAAGAACAAAUGUCUAUCUCCCAGUCAGUGUCACUGUCAGAUUGGAAUGUGACGAUCAAAUGCAAAGUAAAACUAAAUGAGUCUCAUGAAUGCAGCAAGGACCUUCAAGUUAUUACAUUCAAGAAUCCAGAAGUUGUUCAUUCUGUACAGCUUGUGAAUGUGAUAGGAGAAGAAACACAGUACAGACUGCAGUGUGACAUCAUCAAUGUUGCUCCUGUUCAGUAUGUCACUGUUAGCUGGUACAAAAACAGUGAAAAAAUCCAGACAGAAUCUUUCAAUGACACAACAACCAAAACUCCAGUAAAUGAGUCCUCUAUUCUGAGAGUCAACAUCAGCAGAGAAGAAAAUGUAGUGGAGUUCAGAUGUGAAGCUCAGCUGGACUUUGGACCACACAGACCAAAACUUCCUGCCAUUUCUAAAACACACAGAGUUUCAGCCCACUACGCUCCGGAGCUAAAGACACAAAAUAGUGCUGAUGACACUUAUGCACUUGAGGGCACUGAUAUCAUCUUGAGCUGUGAAGCUGUUGGAAACCCUCUUCCUGUGUAUAACUGGAUUUGUGAUGGGAAAAACAUGUUGGAGAACACAACCAGUCUCAGUUUACCUCGAGUAAAUGGCAAUAAAACCUGCGCAUGCACAGCUACCAAUUAUCUGGGAAACAUAACUAAGACAAUCCAUCUUCAUGUUGAACCAACAGCAGGUUGCUCACUAACACUGACACCUUCUGAAACUGUUGUGAAAUUUGGAGAUCCAGUUUCAAUCAACUGCAGCACAUCAGUCACAGAUGUUGACGGAAUGGGCUGGGAGGCUCCAUUUGGAGGUACAGGAUUUGAGCGUCCUCCUGUUGUCACUUGGAGGGUUGAAAAACUAGAAGAGUGGUCUCCAAGUCCUUUUUGCUAUGUUACUCUGGUUGAUGGAUCACAGUGUACUGUGAAUCCAGUCAUCACUGUUUACAAAACUCCAGAUUCUGUGUCAGUGUCUGACAUGGGUCGUGGUCCAAUGGUGGAGGGCAGAGAGUAUGAUCUGAAAUGUGAUGUCAUCAGUGUUGCUCCUGUGCAGAAUCUCACAGUGACGUGGUACAGAGGCAAUGAAACUGUGCUCACACAGAUGUUUAAUGACUCCACUAUGACUCCAGUAAACGCAUCUUCUACUCUGAGAAUCUCCACUCCGAGAGACUACAAUGGAUUAACUUUUAGAUGUGAGGCUGAGCUGCACCUCGGACCCAAAGGACCAAAGUUCUCCCCUAAUGUAACCUCACCACCUUACACUGCUGUUGUUCUUUAUAAACCAUUCAUGGAAUCUUGUCCAGACCACAUCACUGUUGUUGAAAAUGCUGCCUUCAGCAAGAGCAUUUUAUCCUGUCAAGCUGAUGGGAACCCUCCUCCCACUGUUCAGUGGUUCUAUAAGGAGAAACUCCUUAAUUCAUCUAAGCCACUGACCAGGACUGACUCAGGAAAGUACACGGCUAUAGUUGAAAACAGUCGUGGCAGAAGCAACACCUCAGUUCAUAUCACAGUGGAAUUCAGUCCUUCUUUCACCUGCAAAGAGCACUAUGAGAUCACAGUGAAUGAUAAACAUCAAAGUAUCUGUGAACCAGUAGGAUUACCUACACCCACCCUCACCUGGUUUAAAGAUGGCAAACAGAUGGUUUCCCCACAGCUCUGGAAAAAGAACGAUAGUGGAAAAUACUUGCUUAAUGCACACAACACGCACGGAACAGCUGAACACACACUGUAUCUUGAAAUUUUGUAUGCCCCUGAAUUCAAAGAAGGAAAUGAAAGCAAGGAGGUACUGCAGGGUGAGAAUGUUACUUUAAGCUGUAGUGCUGACAGCAACCCACCUUCAAACAUCACCUGGAUCUACACAGCUGCAGUGAAUUCAAACAUGACCACUGAGGGGCGCCAGAAGACUGUCACUAUCACUAGAGCCACGUCUACCAAUGCUGGUUAUUACAUUUGUGUUGCAGAGAAUAAAGUUGGGAGAAAUACACGAUUCAUCACACUGAUGAUAACAGGCCACUUCAUUGGUCCCUUCCUGGUGGCUCCCUGUCCUAAUUGGCUGACGACAGUGUCCUUCAAGGACACGAACUCCCUCAGCUCAGGUUUCCCUUUAACACUGACACCUUCUGAAAUGGUUGUGAGAUUUGGAGAUCCAGUUUUAAUCAACUGCAGCACAUCAGCCACAGAUGUUGAAGGAAUGGGCUGGGAGGCUCCAUUUGGAGGUACAGGAUUUGAGCGUCCUCCUGUUGUCACUUGGAGGGUUGACAAAGUGGAAGAGUGGACUCCAAAUCCUUUUUGCUAUGUUACUCUAAAUGAUGGAUCCCAGUAUACUGUGAGUCCAGUCAUCACUGUUUAUAAAACUCCAGACUCUGUGUCAGUGUCUGACAUGGGUCAUGGUCCAAUGGUGGAGGGCAGAGAGUAUGAUCUGAAAUGUGAUGUCAUCAGUGUUGCUCCUGUACAGAAUCUCACAGUGACGUGGUACAGAGGCAAUGAAACUGUGCUCACACAGAUGUUUAAUGACUCCACUAUGACUCCAGUAAACGCAUCUUCUACUCUGAGAAUCUCCACUCCGAGAGACUACAAUGGAUUAACUUUUAGAUGUGAGGCUGAGCUGCACCUCGGACCCAAAGGACCAAAGUUCUCCCCUAAUGUAACCUCACCACCUUACACUGCUGUUGUUCUUUAUAAACCAUUCAUGGAAUCUUGUCCAGACCACAUCACUGUUAAUGAAAGUGCUGCCUUCAGCAUUGACAUGUUAUCCUGUCAGCCUGAUGGGAACCCUUUUCCCAUUGUUCAGUGGUUCUAUGAGGAGAAACUCAUUAAUUCAUCUAAGCCACUGACCAGGACUAACUCAGGAAAGUACACGGCUAUAGUUGAAAACAGUCGUGGCAGAAGCAACACCUCAGUUCAUAUCACAGUGGAAUUCAGUCCUUCUUUCACCUGCAAAGAGCACUAUGAGAUCACAGUGAAUGAUAAACAUCAAAGUAUCUGUGAACCAGUAGGAUUACCUACACCCACCCUCACCUGGUUUAAAGAUGGCAAACAGAUGGUUUCCCCACAGCUCUGGAAAAAGAACGAUAGUGGAAAAUACUUGCUUAAUGCACACAACACACAUGGAACAGCUGAACACACACUGUAUCUUGAAAUUUUGUAUUCUCCUGAGUUCAAGAAUGGAAAUGAAAGCAAGCAGGUGCUCCAGGGUGAAGAUGUUACUUUAAGUUGUAGUGCUGACAGUAACCCACCUUCAAACAUCAGAUGGGUUUACACACCUGCUUUGAAUUCAAAUGUGACCACUGAGGGGCACCAGAAGAUAAUCACUAUCACUAGAGCCACGUCUACCAAUGCUGGUUUUUACGUUUGUGUUGCAGAGAAUAAAGUUGGGAGAAAUACACGAUUCGUCACACUGAUGAUAACAGGUAUGAUUACUGACUCUGUGCAGAACAGUUAUGGAAAUGUAGGAAGUAAAAAAUUACUGAUGUUUAAUUUCAACAAUGCAUGGCAACAUGUAUUAAAUAGAAGUCACAUGUUGUUUUAUUUUGUUGGUCUUACAGGCAAUACCAGUAAAGUCCUCUUUCCAGCUAUUUGGGCUUUUCUCACUCUAUUGAUCAUCGGUCUUACCCUCCUCGUGGUCUAUUUUCACAACAGGCAGAAAAAACGUGGACAAUACAAUUUUGUUCCGGUGUGCCAAAUGUCUAAUAUAGCCAUUUGACUUUUGCACAAGCCAAUGGCAAUGCGUAGGAUCUUUGCUGCAUUCUGUUCUGUUUGUCAAACUCAUUAAUACAAUUUAGAUUUGUUAGUAUUUUACAGAUUAAUUACAUUAUUGAAUUUCAAGUUACAUAUUUAUAUAUGAGUCAUUGAUUCAUUAAAAGCUAGAAAAUGAAAAGCAUAUUUACACAUAAAUGGAUUAUGAUCCAUUUCUAAACUUCAUAGACCU